GGGCCCAGAGUAUUUAUGUGGUUAUAAAAGCUUCUCAUUAAGGGUACAAUUGUAAGUUUAAGCUAAAUUAUUACCAAAUUUAGAAAGGGAUCAUUCUUUUUAUUGUUAUGUUUUUGAAGCAACAGCAUGGUUGGGAAGGAUGUAGUGUAUAUUCAUAUUCAUCUAGUUUGUCUGCUGGCUUUCAAAAGGUCCUACUUUAGGGUAAAAAAAUGCCUAUUUCCAUUACAGCCUUGCUUAUGAUAUGUUAUGUCACAUGUGCUUUAAAAGUCACUUUCUUUUGAUUUGAUGUUGGUUGUUUCCUUCUUCUAAGGUGUUUUAACCUUUCCUUUUGCCCAGCUCAAAUCAGUUAUAGUGGUUCAAACUUCAAAUCAGUAACAGUCAGUGCUCCAUUAUUAUUGAAUAGCCAACAUUGCAUUUGCCUUCAACCGUUCUUGCCUUAUCUAUAUGGAUGGAAAAAUUAGCUUCUAUAUUGAUAAUUGGCUUCAUUUCAGAAGUUAAUUUUAGAAGCAGCGCUAAGACUAUCUUCCCACUAAACAUGGCUUUAGCACCUCUAACCGAGCUUGGUCUUGCAGCUCUCACCCUUUCAAUUGUAUUCCUAACAAUUCUAUGGUACAAAAGGACAUCAAAUAUACCACAGAAGACAGAACCUAGGUUGCCACCAGGGCCUCGUGGCCUUCCAAUUGUGGGAUUCUUACCAUUCCUCCGCCCCAAUUUGCACCAUCAACUUACAGAAUUGUCACAGAAGUAUGGUCCAAUAUACAAGUUUUGGCUAGGAAGCAAACUAUGCAUUGUGUUGAAUUCACCAUCCUUAGCCAAAGAAGUGGUUCGUGAUCAAGACUCUGUUUUUGCCAACCGUGACCCUUCUAUUGCAGGAUUGCUGGCCACAUAUGGUGGAUUAGAUAUUGCACUUUCUCCCUAUGGCUCCUAUUGGCGUGAUAUGCGCAAACUGUUUGUGAGUGAGAUGCUAAGCAACAGGAACCUUGAGGCUUGUUAUAGUCUUCGGAAACACGAGGUCAGAAAGGCAAUCAGAAACGUGCAUACCAAGAUUGCCUACCCCAUUGACAUUGGUGAAUUGUCUUUUGUAACUGAAAUGAAUGUAAUCAUGAGUAUGAUCUUUGGCAGUAAUUUUGUAGAGGAAAAGGAGAAGCAUGCAAAAGAUGGAGCUGAGUUCAGGGAAUUGGUGAUAAAAUUUCUUCAAAUGUUGGCAAAGCCAAACAUAUCAGACUUCUUCCCUAUGCUUGCCAGGUUUGAUUUACAAGGAAUACAGAAAGAGAUGGAGGCUCUCUUGAAGUCUGUUGAACGCAUAUUGGACCCUGCCAUAAACGAAUGCAUGAAGAUGCUUUCGGACAAAAGAGAGAGUAAAAUUCAGGGGAAUGCUAAGAAGGAUUUUGUGCAGAUCCUAUUAGAGCUAAUGGAGCAGAAAAAUAUUGGUAUAUCAGUGGACUUGGUGCAAAUAAAGGCCAUCUUGCUGGACAUUGUGAUUGGUGGGACUGACACUACAAUCACGAUGGUUGAAUGGGUAAUGGCGGAGCUUCUGAAUAACCCAGAGGUAAUGACAAAGGUGCAAAAGGAGCUGAAAAAUGUAGUAGGGAUGAAUAACAUUGUUGAAGAAUCCCAUUUACCAAAACUACACUAUCUUGAUGCAGUUGUAAAGGAGACAUUUCGUCUACACCCUGCAUUACCACUGCUUGUCCCUAAGCGCCCAAGCCAAUCUGCAAUAGUAGGUGGAUACACAAUACCUGAGGGAACUAAAGUACUCUUGAAUGUUUAUGCAAUUCAUAGGGAUCCUUAAAUAUGGGAGAAUCCAUUGAAAUUCCAGCCUGUUAGGUUCUUGAGUCACUCUACAAAUUUUGACUUUGCUGGCAAUAAUAUGAAGUACCUUCCAUUUGGAUCAGGGCGGAGAGUUUGUGCUGGCCUUCCUUUAGCAGAGAAAAUGCUUAUGUUUAUAUUGGCUUCGUUGCUGCAUUCCUUUGAUUGGAAACUCCCAGAGGGCGAAAAUGUUGACCUUUCAGAUGGAUUUGGACUUGUCGUCAAGAAAAGUAAAAGGCUAUUCGCCAUUCCUACUCCGAGGUUAUCAAAUUUAGAACUAUAUCAAUAAAAACAAGAAGCUAUUAGGGAAAAUGUUUAUAGAUGUUGAAGAAGGGGUACAUGAUCUUUCCCACUGGUUGUUGUAUUUAUAAGAUCAACAUGUAUUAUUGUGUAUUAAAUAUUGAAGUUCAACUUAUGUACCUUGCAUUUUAAAUAACAUAUGUACAUUUAAUGUAAUGAUAUUAUCAAAGGAGGAUAAUUCCAUAUUCAACUAUUCUGAAA